AUGGGCCAAAGAUACUUUGUCCGCGAAGCCAAAACAAAGCAAGAGUUGGAUAGCAUCUUGGAAGUUGUCUGGGCUGCAAACCACACACCCUACGAACCUUUUAUUCAACUGAUAUUUCCUGUCCUUGGCUAUACGGCUGCUCAUCGCGAGGCUGCCAUCAACGAAUCCAAACGACGCUUCUGGGAACAACACCAGGCCGACCGGUCAAUCCAUUGGUUUUACGCAUUCGACACCGUCACAAACAGAGCUGUGGGCUGCGCACAAUGGGUGAUUUCGACAACAAAUCCCUACGCAGCAGGAGCACCAAAGUUGACUGCACCGUGGUGGCCUGAAGGUGAACAGCGGCGUUUCUGCGAAUCGAUCCUGAAUCAGGUGUACAAGCCCCGCGUGAGCUGGAUGGCACGGCCCCAUUGUGCACUCAACUGGAUGGCAGUGGAUCCUGCUCAUCGACUCCGGGGUAUUGGUUGCCUGCUUAUGGAUGUGGGAGUCGCGCGUGCCGACGAGCUCGAUGUGGAAUGCUGGAUGGAAGCGUCGGCCAUGGGCAAGCCGCUAUACGAAAAGUUUGGUUUUCAGUCGUUGCUGAAAAUUGCCUUCGACACCGAAAAACCAAAUGCAAGCGACGAAUGGAGGAAGAGCGCCCAUGAGAUGACUCCUGCACCAAUUUUCGCUAUGUGGAGACCGACAAAGUCUUCUCGACAGGGUAGUCGGGGUGAGGUGCAAAUGCCGUGGACGCUAGGUACGCGAGCUUAA